CAGGAAUUUGGUAAAGAGUGACAAAAGUGAGUCUUUCAGUAGCUGUGACUUUCUUAAAUCUCGUCUUUCAGUACUUGUCUUAUUAUCCGUCCUCAAUUCCUCAAAUGGAGUCGGUAGGAAAAUUGUACGAUUAAGAGAGAGAAUACUCAAAUUUCUCCAGAAAACUUAUCGAUUCAGAUCAACAACUACUACUACAAAUUCAAAUGAAAUGAUGUUCAUGGAUCUGAAUGAGUUAAGAAAGCGAUUUUCACCUUCAAAACCCCAAAUCUCAGACGCCAUUGAUGCUUCUCGAGCUCAAGUUCCUCGUCCUAUGGCUUCCUCCUUCAACUUCAUUGCUGCUAAUGUCACCAAAACUUUCGCUGCUCUUCUCAUUAUUCUCCCUGUUUUGAUCACUUUCUUUCUCAUCUAUCGUAACCCCAAUUCCGAUCAUCGAUUUUCCCCUUUUGCUGAUGCUAGGGUUUUGGAUCCUAAAUCUUCGUUUACUACUUCGCAAUCAUCAGAAAAUGCUGAAGUGGCUAAUGACAAAUUGCUUGGAGGACUUCUUCCCUCUGGAAUUGAUGAAGCAUCCUGCUUAAGCAGAUACCAAUCCUUCAUGUAUCGGAAGACAUCAUCUUUCAAGCCUUCAACUUAUCUUAUCUCUAAACUACGGAAGUAUGAAGAGCUUCACAAACGAUGUGGACCUGGUACACAACCGUACAAUGAAGCUCUGAAACAACUGAAGUCUGGCAACGAAACUGCUGUGCCUACAGAAUGUAACUACGUUGUGUGGAUGUCAUACAGUGGCUUGGGCAAUAGAAUUUUGACUGUGAGUGCAGCUUAUCUUUAUGCUCUUCUCUCAAACCGGGUACUUCUAGUUGACCCAGGAACUGAUAUGACUGAUCUUUUUUGUGAGCCGUUUCCUAGCAUCUCAUGGUUUUUACCUCAAGACUUCCCAUUAUAUAAAAAAUUUGAGAAUUUCAACCAGAAAUCUUCCAGGUGUCAUGGGUUUAUGCUGAAAAAGAAUCUUCUGAAUGCCACAAAUGCCUCAACUGAAGAGGUACCACCAUAUUUGUAUCUUCAUCUGGGUCAUGACUAUAAUGAUCACGACAAACUUUUCUUCUGUGAUGAAGAUCAAACUCUUCUCAACAAAGUUCCAUGGCUAAUAAUGAGGACCGACAACUACUUUGUCCCUUCCCUUUAUUUGAUCCCAUCAUUUGAGGAAGAACUAUUUAAAUUAUUUCCUGAAAAAGUAGCCAUUUUUCACCACCUAGGGCGCUAUCUUCUCCACCCUACAAAUGAAGUUUGGGGGUUGAUUACAAGGUAUUAUAAUGCUUACUUAGCCAGGGCAGAUGAGAGGAUUGGAAUCCAGAUCAGGACGUUUGAGGAGGGACCAGGUCCGUUCCCACAUGUAAAUGACCAAAUUCUGUCCUGCAUAUCCAAGGAAAAAUUACUCCCUGAAGUUGACAAAGAUGAUUUAUCUUUUAGUUCAUCAAAGAACCCGAGGUCCAUUGCUGUUCUUGUUACAUCCUUGGAUGCAGGUUACAGCGACUCUCUAAGAGAAUUAUAUUGGGAACAUCCAACUGUUACUGGAGAAGCGGUUGGAAUUUUCCAACCAAGCCACGAAGGGUUUCAGCAAUCACACAAGAAAAAUCAUAACAGAAAAGCCUGGGCAGAAAUGUAUCUGCUAAGUUUGAGCGAUAAAUUGGUGACAAGCGCGUGGUCAACUUUCGGGUAUGUUGCUCAAGGUUUCGGAGGAUUGAAACCAUGGAUUUUGUACAAGCCAGAGGAUAAGAAGACCCCAAACCCAGCUUGUGGUCGUGCCAUGUCUAUCGAGCCUUGCUUCCAUGCUCCUCCUUUUUGGGAUUGCAAGGCAAAGACAGGUAUUGAUACUGGUAAGCUCGUACCUCAUGUAAGGCAUUGCGAGGAUAUCAGUUGGGGUCUUAAGGUGGUUGAUGGUCGUGAAGAGCUAUAGGUCAGAUUUAGGUAGUUGAAUACUAGUCAGUGUUGAAUUAUUUUCGAGAAUGAAUUGCUUCGUAUCAAACCUUGUGACCAUGGAACUCUGUGUAUGUACAAAUUUGCCAUUUCAGUAGAUAUAUUUGUGCAUGUACUGUCGCGCGUAAACAUGGUUAAACAUGGGCAUGGAUGAUAGACUGAUGCGUCUGAUUGAGCUCUUAUAAGCAGCAGAGGGAAAGGAGCAAAAUGUAUCCCUGAAAUGCUCAGGAAAUUGUCAUUGAAAAAGCAAUCAUGAGCUACUGAGGUACUCCGCUUACUGUACCAAAGCGUAUCUGCUGCUACUUUUUAUGACAUCGGGCGUGUACUUUUUUGGCACCUGAUCUGUACUGGAACAAUCAUCUGUUUGAAAUAAAGUGAUUAAAAGAUAGAUUUGUACUUCGUACUAUGUUUUUGUGACCAAAAUUUCUGUAGUUCUUUAGUAUACUACUCCGUACUGUACUGUUUAGAAUUAGUUGCCCCCAUAUUGACUUUUUGCAUUAUUCAUAUAUGGAGUAUCAACUUUGACCCUACCA